AUGAAAGACUCCUCCGUCACCAAUCGCCCGUCCUUGCUGGACCUGCGAUCCCAGUCCUCCAAUUCUGCGGCCUCUUCUUCUCGAGCUCUUCGAUCACCGCGGCUCCAUGUUGCCGGGGAGGCCCCUCCCGAGCUAUCGCCCUUGGAUGCCUUUGCCUUGCAGAGUCGGCUGUUGGCUCGACAGCUCCAGGAGACGACCAACAAGGAUGGAAACCGCGUCAGCCGACUACCCCCUCUCACGGCCGAGAGCCCUCUAAUUAUACAGGGCCGGUCCGAGUACUUUCGAUCCAUGUCGCAGGACUCCGGAUCUGAGCGCGGUGAAUCUCCCGCCCCUCCGCUUUCUGCGGGCUUGGGAGGCUUGGGACUGCGGAGCGCCAUGGAAGACGGCUUCUCGAGCGAAGAGAGGCCUAGGUCAAUGCACCCACGCAUGGGCCGAAUCCCACCUACCCCCGACGAUGGCGUGCCUCCCCUUCCGGAAGACCUGCCAGACGUGCCAGACAUUCCCGACUUUGCUCGCGGCCGGCAGAUGGGACACCAAAACGGCCCAGUGGACUUCUUUGGAGCACGUCAGGACCGUUCCCCAUCACCACUGCUGAGCGACGGCCUCUCUCAGCUGGACCGUCAAUCAACCAAGUCGCCUGCUCCCCCGCUAACCUCCUUUCCUGCUCCCCCGCACCCCUCGUCUCCUCGCAGCAGGCCUAAGCAGAGCGCCUCCUUCGACGAUGUUGGAUUGGCGCCACCCAGAAGCCUCUUCCCUGGACGGUCGCCGAGCGCCUUGUCCUCUCCAGUGCCCCAGGACGAGGAUAGCUUUGGCAUCAUGUCCAGCUCUGUUCAGUCCCUUCCUUCCCGAAAGCUUUCCUCUGGAAGCGCAGCCCUCCCGCCACACAUGGCAUCCUCCACCUUGCCCCCCUUUCAACGAUCUCCAUCCGUCGCAUCUGAGUCGUCCGCGCCUCUUCCCCGACCUGCAUUCAACUUCUCUCGGCCCAUGAGCCGAGCUGGCACGCCGAAUUUGGACCAUCCCAUUCGACAAGCUUCCUCAGAUAGUCAGCCAUCCUUUAUCCUGGCUGACGAGUCGGCUCAAACACCCAUCAGCAUGCACAGCGAGGCAUUCAUGGAGCAGCCAUCAGAGGGCGCAACCCAUACUUACUCCAAAUUUGUUCUGCCUCGAGGAAAGUCAAUUCAGCGUUCCGAAUCCUCAGACGGCCAGCCUCAAGCGGGGGCGCCGCCCUCACCACCCACUCGACCUUCUAGCUCCUCUGCUCGCGGUGUCCCUGAUGAUGCUGCCAGUGUCUCCAGUGCCAUGACCAGGCAGCGAAGCGAUGCGGGCAAGCUCAGCUCAGAGAGCUCCAGCGUUGGCCCCUUUGGCCAUCCCCCACCGAAUCGCGGCAGACCCUCUCACGAGACCGGGCGACCGUCUGAAGAAGCAUCCAGAGGUAGGGCACCAGCUUCCGUUGGCACAAGCGACUCAGCCCAGACAGUACGCCCGAGCAUGUCUGUGCGAUCCACGACUAGCACAGCGCCACCUACCGCUGCCGAAAUGACGGCCGAGCAGCAUCUUGCCAAGGGAAUCGAAUGCCACGAGAAUGGCUCCCUGAACGAGUCCACUUACCACCUCCGGCACGCCGCUCAGAUGAAUCACCCGACAGCCAUGCUGCUGUACGCCCUUGCCUGUCGCCAUGGCUGGGGCAUGAAGCCCAACCAGAAGGAAGGCGUUCAGUGGCUACGAAAAGCCGCUGAUAUGGCCAGUGGCGAGGUGGCCGAAGAUGAAGGGAUGGUCAAGGAAGGGAAGCACAUCAAUAUCGCCGAGAACAAGACCCACAAGGCCCAAUUUGCUCUGAGCAUCUAUGAACUGGGCGUGAGCCACAUGAACGGGUGGGGGAUUGAGCAAGACAAGGCUCUUGCCCUGCGCUGCUUUGAGAUCGCUGGCACGUGGGGCGAUGUUGAUGCUCUGGCAGAAGCUGGUUUCUGCUAUGCGCAGGGCAUCGGCUGUAAGAAGAACCUGAAGAAGAGUGCCAAGUUUUACCGAAUGGCAGAGGCCAAGGGCAUGAGCAUGGUGGGGAACAGCUGGAUUCACAAGUCGAAAUACAUGGACGAUGAGGAUGCUCCUGAGAUUCCGCCAAAGAAGUCUCGAGCCCGCAGCAAAUCUCGCUCACGCGCAAUGUUUGGUAAAAAGCCCGCUUCGUGAAGGGGGACCGACCUAAUGAUGAUGAUGAUCUCUCUCUUCGUCUCUUCUUUCAGCCAUCUAUACCGGAGUUUUGACGGGUUUCGGCUGUUCUCGCAUCGACCACCUACUCUUGGGAAUCUCUU